GAUGGCGGACUCACUGGCGUGCAGUUCUUAUCUGCUACGCUACGACGCCAGUAUGACGGCGUUUCCGUUUAAACCGGAUGUGGAUGAUUUCCAGACGCAGCGGAGCACGUUAUUGGAGUCUGGAGAAAGUUGGUGAAUAAGCAGCCUCCUCCCUUGCUGCUCCUUCCGGAUCAGAACCGAUGGCCGGCCCGGAGCUCCUGCUGGACUCCAGCAUCAGGAUGUGGGUCGUCCUGCCCAUCGUCUUCAUCACCUUCUUCGUCGGCGUCCUGCGGCACUACGUGAGCCAGCUGAUGAGCAGCGACAGGAAACUGGACCCGGAGCAGGUGUCUGACAGCCAGGUGUUGCUGCGCAGCCGCAUCCUCCGGGAGAACGGGAAGUACAUCCCCCGACAGUCGUUCUUCAUGAGGAAGCAUUACUUUAACGAUGCAGAGACCGGUUUCUUCAAGCGGGUCAAGAGGAAGGUCGUUCCUAAGAACCCCAUGACAGACACCAGCAUGCUGACGGACAUGAUGAAGGGAAACCUGACCAACGUACUGCCCAUGAUUCUGAUCGGAGGAUGGAUCAACUGGGCCUUCUCCGGCUUCGUCAUCACCAAAGUGCCGUUCCCGCUGACGCUGCGGUUCAAACCGAUGCUGCAGCGAGGAAUCGACCUGCUGUCGCUGGACGCCUCCUGGGUGAGCUCGGCCUCCUGGUACUUCCUGAAUGUGUUCGGCCUGAGGAGCAUGUACUCGCUGAUCCUGGGCCAGGACAACGCUGCUGACCAAUCACGGAUCAUGCAGGACCAGAUGACCGGCGCUGCCAUGGCGAUGCCACCUGACCCCAACAAGGCUUUUAAGAGCGAGUGGGAGGCGCUGGAGGUGGUGAACCACCAGUGGGCGCUGGAGAGGGUGGAGGAGGAGCUCAUGGCCAGAGACCUGAACUUUGGAGGAAUCUUCAGCGCCAAUGACCGGUUCUGAUCCGGACCCGACCCGGUCCUCUGGACAGAAUCGGAUGGUUCCCACUGUGGCCUGUUGAGGUUCUGAUAAGCGGGUCUCUGGUGCUCCUGAAGGUCUGAAACAGACCGGAACCUUCAGGAAACCCGGAGAACCACUGAUCCGGACCAGCUUCACUGAGCCCUGAGGUUCUGGAACGAAACCCAACAGAACCUUCAGAUAGUUCUAAAUGUUCGGUUUCAGAUUCUGUUUUGCACGUUCUGGAUUAAAUCUGGAGCCUGGUUCUGGUUCCAUCAGAAAAUACAAUCCUGUAAAUUCAUUCAAAAAGGAAAGUCGUGUGGAAGGAAAACGUGUGGGAGGCCGUACAGAAAAAACCACCAAGCGAUGUGAUCAGUGAUGAUCUGGGCCUCCACUGGGUUUUCUGAAGGCCGUACCGGAACCUGGUCCAGUUACCAUGGUGACAAUGGUCUGGAAAGGCCACCAGACAGGCCUGACCUUUAACCCCAGAGUAAGUAGAGACCAGACCGUGACCCAGAUUUCUGGAUAAAAAUAUUUUUUGGUUUUCUUUGAACAAAAAAUAAAAACUUGAAAUGUUUUAA